AUGGAUACUGCAUCUAGUCAAGGCUUGUACCCCCUGCACCGUUGCAAAACUAUUCACUUGGUGAGACAUGCUCAGGGAUUUCACAAUGUAGCUGGAGAGAAAGAUCACAGUGCAUACUUGUCUCCAGAAUAUUUCGAUGCGCAACUUACUCCUCUUGGCUGGCAGCAAGUGGGUAAUCUGCGCAAACAUGUUCAUUCAUCGGGUCUUUCUAAGAGGAUUGAAUUAGUUGUUGUUUCCCCUUUAUUAAGGACUAUGCAAACAGCUGUCGGGGUAUUUGGCGGAGAAGCUUAUGUGGAUGGAAUUGAUGCACCUCUAUUAAUGACAGAAAAUGCUGCGGACUGUAACAGUCAUGCGAUUUCCAGUUUAAACUCCCCACCGUUUAUAGCAGUGGAACUUUGUCGAGAACGUUUGGGGCUCAACUGGUGUGAUAAGAGAAGGAGCAUAAGUGAAUACAAGUUGCUUUUUCCCGCCAUUGAUUUUUCACUGAUAGAAACCGAUGCUGAUACUCUCUGGAAAAGUGAUGUCAGGGAGGCAGAUAAAGACCUUGCUCAGAGGGGCCUGAGAUUUUUGAAUUGGUUGUGGACACGUGAGGAGACUGAGAUAGCAGUUGUUACUCACAGUGCACUCUUAAUGCAUACCCUUGCUGCAUUUGGAGAUGAUUGUCAUCCAUUUGUAAAAAGUGAAAUUUGCAGACACUUCAACAAUUGCGAACUUCGAUCAGUGGUCAUAGUUGAUAGAAGUAUGAUGUCUUCAAGUUCUUCGAAAACUGAUUAUCCAGGAAAGACUCCUCGUGGGGCCGAUGCUCCUAGCGACUCCUAUGCCAACGCGAAACAUUAA